AUGGUCAGAGGAAUGAAUGAUGAUGUGAUCGCUGAAGCUUUGGCAAAGCUGGCUGAAGCUAUUGGGCAUAAUCCGCAAGUCAAUGUGAAUGCUAGGAAUAACCAAGAGGAUGAGUUACGUGCUUUGGGGAAGUUUCAGAGAAACAAUCCGCCAAUUUUCAAGGGAACACAUGAACCAGAGAAGGCACAUGCAUGGCUGAAAGCGAUUGAGAAUAUAUUUCGAGUCAUGAACUGCUCAGAGGCGCCAAAGGUGCACUUUUACACCUAUAUGCUUGAAAAGGAAGCUGAGGAGUGGUGGGGUAACACUGGUAAGAGAUUUACCGAGGAGGGUACUAAGGUUAGUUGGGUUGUUUUCAAGGAAGCAUUUCUGGAGAAGUAUUUUCCAGAACAUGUGCAUGGGAAGAAGGAAAUUGAAUUCCUUGAAUUGAAGUGGGGUAAAGGAGUUGUGGAAGAGUAUGCUACAAAGUUUAAGGAGCUGAUUAAAUAUUGUCCUCAUUAUAACACUGCUGAUGCUGAAAGAUCCAAAUGUCUUACGUUUGUGAAUGGGAAAAGGACAAUUCAGAGGAAAGUCAUAUGCGACUCUACUGAUAAGGGGAAGCAAAAGGCUAGUGAUGGCAGAAGUCGAGUGAGGGAGGAGCUCCUACUCCAAUUAAGUGUUAUAGCCAUGGUGUUGAAGGACAUCAUGUUGCUGAGUGCACAAGUGCCGAGCAGAAACUUUCAAGCUCAAUAUCGAGGGAAGGUGUUUUCUCUGGCAGGUUCAGAGACUACUGCUCAUGAUGGAUUAAUCAGAGGUACGUGCUUUAUUAAUGGUACACCUUUGAUUACUAUAAUUGAUAUUGGAGUGACAUAUUCUUUUAUUGCUUUGGAUUGUGCUAAGAGAUUGAAUCUUGAGUUAUCUGAUAUGUGUAGAAGUGUGGUUAUUGAUACUCCUUCUAUGAGUUCAGUGACUACUUCAUCUAUGUGUUUGAAUUGUCCGUUGAGCAUUUUUGGUAGAAAUUUCAGAAUGAAUUUAAUGUGUCUUCCGUUAGAUCAACUUGAUUUUAUCCUUGGAAUGAACUGGUUAGAAUUCAACCAUAUUUAUAUCAACUGUUUUGUUAGGACAAUUAAUUUUCCUGAGUUUGGGGAUGAAGUAGACUUGUUUAUGUCUGCCAAACAAGUGAAAGAGUCGGUGCAUGAUGGUGCUAUGAGGUUGUAG